AUGAGCAAUUCUUUACCAAGAUCCCCGAUUAUUUCUAAUUUAUUAAUUGACGAUAGCAAAGUUGACAGUAAUAUUGAGAGUUUUUCACCCGACUCAUCGACUUCAAAACAAGAAUUACUUUUACACGGUACAAUGAAUUACACAGCAUCGCUCUUGAAUCAAGCAUCCUCAACAAACUCAACGAUAUCGACAGAUUCUAUAAACUACAAGGUUUCACAAGAAUUACCUAAAAAGACUCCGAAUUAUGGCACGAAAACACCGCUGGGCCAUUCGAGAAUUUACAAUUGUCAUUUAUGCCAAAGAGCCUUUACGAGAGAAGAGCAUUUGUCGAGACAUGUACUAUCUACACAUAACAAGUUGAAGCCAUUCACUUGUGGCAUAUGUUCAAGACCUUUUUCACGCAGGGAUUUGCUCUUGAGACACGCGAAAAAUCUACACAAGGGAAGCGAAAAGGCAAUUACUAGAAUAAGAAGAACCUAUAAGCAUAAUAAGGAGGGUGAAAUCGUACAAACAAGUGGUAGCGAAGAAGAGGAAGUGGAAGAAGAGGAAAUGGAAGAAGAAGAGGAAAUGGAGGAACUGGUCAAGGCGUAUCUAGGAAGUAGGAGAGGUAAUAGUGUGGUUGUUACAGUUGACAAAAUAGGAGGCUAUGAUGUUUCAUCAAGCACUGUUUCUCAUAAGCCUGAUGAAUCUAUUCAAUCCAAACGACUAAAAAUGUCAGUAAAUAUGCUAGUUAGUUAG